AUGAAUCAAUCUGGGGAGAAAGUUUCGGGUCAAAAGGCCUCAAAAGUUUCAUGUGAGAGGUGUCGAUACCGGAGGAUUAGAUGUGAUCGUACACAACCAUGUCCCGCAUGUCGAAAAGGGAAUCAUGAGUGCGUUUAUCCACAAUCGGAGAAAUCGAGACCUGUACCAAAAGGUUAUGUACAGGCAUUGGAAGGGCAAAUAGCUUCUUUGGAACUUUUUAUUACCAAACUUAUCGCUGCAGAUGCUUCAAAAAGGGACGAAAUGUUGGCCAAUUUCAGCGAUUCUACGAACCACCUGAGUUCACAGCCGAAGCAAUCAACUACUUUUCCAAAGUCUGGUCCAUCAGAUACCCAGACAAUUCUAAUUCGGCCACGAGCUGGUCACCUUAGGAAACUCAAAGACGGCAAUUCGGCCGAAUUCUAUGGCGCAUCCAGCUUUUUCCAAAUUAGUCCGUCAGAGGAUCUGGACGAUACUGCUUCGUCUACUGUAACACCUGGGACCGGACAUGCAUCUUCAAUUGUGACCCAAAGUUCCAACAUCCCCAACAAUCUCAUGGAAGAGCAUCUAGCUUUUGCUCCUCAGAGUGACAUCUGCAAGUAUCUCAUGAGGAUAUUCUUCCAAAACCAGUAUCAAUACCACAUGUGUUUAUAUCGAGAGUAUUUCCUAAGGGACUUCGAUGCUGGUGCUGGGCCAUAUUACUCUGAUCUUCUCAUGUACGCCAUUUGUUCCAUGGGUGCUCUGGCUAGCGAAAGCACAACUCAGAGAGAAUUAUCCGACAUGUUCUCCAGUCGUGCUCAAGAACUUCUAUAUGGAUCUGCGCUCGAGUCCCCAAGUCUCACAACUUUGCAAGCCCUCAUACUCCUUGGUCAUCGAGAAAUUGGACAUGGGAAAACUUCAAAGGGAUGGCUAUUUUCAGGCAUGGCUUUUCGAAUUGCCCAUGAAAUGGGACUACAUCUUGAUCCUACUAACUGGAAAGGGUCUAAUGAUUCCUGGAUUGAUAGGGAAAUCUUACGGAGAACUUAUUGGGCUGCUUUUAUAGCAGAUAAACAGUUGAGUCUCUAUUUUGGUAGACCACCCGCUCUUUAUCCAGGAGAGUCCGAUGUUCACGACACAGUACGAAUACCUUACCCUCCAGAAUGGAAGUCUCUUCUCAACAAGUACAUUAUGGAAGGUACUUCUGAGACCGCUUACGAGGAUGGUCUAGCAUUAGUCGCUUCAUGGGUUCAUCAGAUUGAGCUUUGCAAAAUUCUACACGGGAUGAUUACGAAAGUGUUUGAGAACCGAAAUGUGAAUACGGAUGCGACGAUUCUGGCGACCUCGAUUAGAGAAGUGGAUGUAGCCUUGACCAAAUGGCUCAAGAAUCUGCCGGCAAAAUUACACUGGACAAAGUGGACUGUGGGCAACGUGCCUCCUUUUGUCCUUCAUUUACAUAUGCAGUAUCAUACGGCUAUAAUAAUACUCCACCGCCCGCCCAGGGCUGCUUUCAAAGAACCAGGAAUUGCCGAGACUGAGGAUGUUCAGAUAUGCUACGAGUCGCUGGAUAUCAUCAUGAAACUCCUCCGAAUGCAUUCUAAUAAUCUUCAAAACAACCCCUACAGUCACCUGCCCAUUACCUUUGUUCAUACUCUUGCAUCAGCUGCAAGUAUCAUAUUAAUGAAACGAUAUAUCGAAGACUGUUCGUGGAAGGAGCCCUCAGUCGCGAGACCUUUGGAUCAAAUAUUAGAAGCUAUCGAUGGUGUAUCUAAUACAUGGACAUGCGCAAAACAAGUCCGAGACGUCAUUACAUCGGCUAUAAAAGAACCAUCGAAAGAGGAUCCUCAAAAAGCUUCUCCGGGUACUUUCGAUCUCAUGGCGGGUCUUCUUGAUCCUGAGAUCGAUAACGCGAUUCUAUUAGACAAUGCUGACUGGAAUAUGAACGAUACUGAUUUCGAGCUCUUCAUGGGCGAUCUCGCUGUCGAUAUUUCAGCAUGGCCUGAUGGAUCGUUUCCGGAGAUUUGA